AUGAAAAAGAAAGGUUUUAAGGAUCAGUCAAAUAUUAGGAAGGGUCCAUGGUCUGCUGAAGAAGAUGAAGUUCUUAUCGACUUCAUCAACAAAAAUGGACCUAGAGACUGGAGCUCCAUUCAAUCCAAGGGCCUUCUUCCACGAACUGGCAAAUCUUGUCGUCUUCGUUGGGUCAACAAACUCCGACCCAAUCUUAAAGUAGGUUGCAAGUUUUCAGCCGAGGAGGAGAGAAUUGUGGUGGAAUUACAAGCAAGACUUGGGAAUAAAUGGGCAACAAUUGCUUCACAUUUGACAGGAAGAACUGAUAAUGAUGUCAAGAAUUUCUGGAGUUCGAGGAAGAAAAGAUUAGCAAGAACCUUGAAUUCCUCUUUACAACCCAACAAGAAGUGCCUUUACCAAGAUCAGAGCAAACAGAAAUCAACCGUGCCAACUCCUCAACUUCCAUCAUCGAACUUGGAGGUUUCUGAGAGCUGCACUUCCAUGAUUCUAGUGGGUUCACAUCCAUCUUCAAAUUACGACCUUCUUGGUUCCUCAUCCCGGCCUUUAGAUAUCGAACCAAUAACCUCAUUACCAGCACCAGAUACAGUAAGCAGUGGUCCACUGAUAAUAAGCACCAACCCUUCAGCAGAGUCCACUCUGUCAGAGACAUCUUGGUUUCCCCAGCAGCCUAAUCCUGCACCAGUCGGCGAGUCAUCAUGGAGUACAUUGUCAUACCCUCUUCCUUUUCUACAUGAUCAUCUCAUGAAGGAUUUUGAACUAGUGUUUACUGAACCAACAAGCUUCUGUCAGUCAUUGCCUUGUGAUUUUGGGAUGCCGUUUUUCGGAGGAUCAAUAGAGGGAAGCUGCAGCAAGAGUAUUGUGCCUGCUGCGCAAAGAGAUGCAGUGCAAAGUCUACCCAACCACCCAGAUGGUUUCUUUGAUGAUUUUCCAAUUGAUGUUUUUGACAGUCUUGAUCCUUUACCAAGUUCUUUGGAUUACUUUCAUUCAUUAUAAUUGAUUGAAUUUUACUCUUUAUACACCUAU